AUGGCGGACCGCGUCCACCCCGCGCCGCUGCUGCCGCUCUCCACCCCACCUGCUCCGCCAACCGACAACAGCGACGCGGCCGCGGAGACCGCGCCGCUGCGCUCCGCAACACCGGCAGCGGCGGCGGCGCCGGGCGCGUCGUACAUCGUGCAUGUGCCCAAGGACCAGGUGCUCCGGGUCCCGCCCCCGGACCGCGCGCGCAGGUACCGCAAGCUCGCCGCGCGGCCGGCCCGGCGCCGCAUGCUCCGCCGCGCAUGCUGCGGCGCCUGCUGCGCGCUCCUCCUCCUGCUCGUCCUCGCCGCCGCGUUCGUCGGCGCCGUCUACCUCGUCUUCCGCCCCAGGGCGCCCUCCUUCACCGUCACGUCCCUCUCCGUCGCCGGCCUCCUCGACCCCUCCCCCGCGCGGCUCGACGCCGCCGUGCGCGCGGACAACGGCGCCAACAAGAAGGUCGGCGUGGACUACCGCGGCGGCGGCGAGGUCAGCGUCUCCUACUCCGGCAUCCUCCUCGCGACGGGACGGUGGCCGGCCUUGUACCAGGCGCCGAGGAACGUGACGCUCAUCUCGAUGCCGCUCACCGGGAGGGACGGCCUGGCCCUCACGGACGACCAGAGGGCGCGGCUGGCGGAGCAGGCCGCGGCGGGCGCCGUGCCGCUGACGGUGGAGGCGCGGGUGCCGGCGCGGGUGAGGCUCGGGAAGGUCCUGCGGACGUGGACCGUGGACGUGUGGGCGCGGUGCGAGGUCACGGUGGACAGGAUCGACGGCGAGACCACGGCCGCCAACAGGGGGUGCACGGUGAAGGCCAAGCCGCUCUGGUGGUGGUGGUGA